AUGUUGGAAAAAGUUGUUGUAGUUGGUAAGUCUGGCGUUCACGUCCUGGAUUCCAACGCCAGAAUCGAUCAAACCAUCGCAAACGAGAGUAUGUUGAGUGAGAUGAACGGAUGUGUGAUGUCGAGUAGUGGUUUGUGUGUUUCACUGUUGGAGAAGGCAAAAUUAGUUUUCAUUUCACACGAGAAUGUUUUCAGAGCCUCUGUUCCUGAAAUGAUGACGAGUAUUACGUGUACUAAUGAAGGAGAAAUAUUAUUUUGCGGGUCAAAAUCCGGUAAACUCUACGUCUGGCACUUGAGAGAGGGUAAUUUGUUGUAUUGUGAGCAAAUAUUUUACAAUGAAGUGACGGAUGUGAAGUUGGACCCACUUGAAAGUUCUCUUUUACUUUCUUCAUCCAACGGCGAUUUAUCACUCGUUAAACUCGUUGAUCUUUUCACCAAUGACCUACAUACCAAACACUUUCUCGGACAUACCACACACAUUCUUUCAGUGUGUAAUAAGAGGUAUGGACUGGACAGUGUGGAUUUCUUGAGUGUGUCUCGUGAUAAGAAUUUGAGACUCUGGCGUGAAAACUCAACUCAAUCCGUCAAAUCAUUCCAACUCCAAUCGAAUCCGCUCAAACUUUAUUCCUACAGAGGAACUUAUUUAUUAUGUGAUGACGGAAAUUUGGUAAUAAUCAACUUGAAGGAAUUUACACUACAAUACGUUAAACUACAUCCCGGUCCUGUUUACUCAUUUUUGGAGGUGGGAAAUCAGUUUAUCUCUUGCUCUUUUGACGGGAUUCGCGUCUGGGAUUCACAUUUUAACCUUAUUUCACUAUAUAAUCCAAAUUUGAGUAUAAAUCAAAUGUUUACUGUGAAGUCAAUCCCAAGAUGUAAUUAUAAACAAUUACUAAAGCUUAAACUGCAAAAUGUAGCAAAUACUAUACAAAUAUAA